UGGUCUUCUAGCUUGAACUACUCGUUCCACUGAACUAUCCAAGAUGCUGGAUCCUUUCUUGGGAACCUGGAAGCUUGUUUCUAGUGAAAACUUCGAUAAUUACUUGAAGGAAUUAGGAAUGAGCUUUGCGGCCAGGAAUGUUGGAGGGUUAGCAAAGCCCACUGUAACUAUCAGUGCUAAAGGUGAGAUGUUCACCAUCAAAACUAACAUGGUCAGAACCACAGAGAUCUCCUUUAAGCUGGGAGAGGAGUUUGAUGAGACCACAGCAGAUAACCGGGAAGUGAAGAGCAUCAUAACAUUGGAAAAUGGCACUCUGGUCCACGUGCAGAAGUGGCAAGGCAAGGAAACUACAAUCAAAAGAAAAAUUGUGGAUGGGAAAAUGAUGGUGGUAUGCAGCAUGAAUAAUGUUGUGAGCACUAGAAUCUACGAGAAAAUAUAAAGAAAUUUUGAGAAAAAUUGCAUCCUGAAUUUGAAAAAAAGAAGCAGCCAUUACCCAGUAAUAACAAUAAUGAUUUACUCAGUAUUAAUUUAAUCAGUAAAUAAUUUCCAAAUGAAGUAUGAUUUAAAUCAAUCAACAAACGUGUUGUGUGCCU